AUGGAUCGCAGUAUGAAAACGAAAAGCAAUUUGUCGAACACGAAAAAUGAAUGCGUCCAGGUUGUGGUACGUUGCCGGCCGCUUAAUAAUAAAGAACAGACCGGGAACUUCCAGAAGGUGGUCGAUGUGUAUCCCAGCAGGGGCGUUAUCGAGAUCCUGAAUUGCAAUGAAGCGUCGAGGGAGAACAAAAAGAUGUUUACGUAUGAUGCGGUGUACGAUUGUAUCUCCACACAGCAAACAAUCUAUGAUGAGGUGGUACGCCCAUUGGUUGCAUCCGUCAUGGAAGGGUUUAACGGGUGUGUCUUCGCGUACGGCCAAACAGGCACGGGUAAAACGCACACGAUGGAAGGCAUCAAAAAUGAUCCGGAGCAGAAGGGUAUAAUCCCGCGAGCGUUCGAGCAGAUCUGGGGACACAUAAACCGGGCGCAAAACAUGAACUUCCUGGUGGCGGUUUCGUAUUUGGAAAUUUACAUGGAGGAACUGCGCGAUCUGUUGAAACCGAACGCGACCUGUUCGCUGGAACUGCGCGAACGGGACGGUGGUAUCGUUGUACCGAACCUGCACUCCGUACUGUGCAAAAGUGUCGACGAUAUGCUGAACGUGAUGCACCAGGGCAACAAGAAUCGUACGGUGGGUUUCACAAACAUGAACGAACACAGUUCGCGUUCGCAUGCGAUAUUUCUGAUCAAGAUUGAAAUGUGUGAAGCCGGCUCGACGCUGGUGAAGGUCGGCAAGCUUAAUCUGAUCGAUCUGGCUGGCAGUGAGCGACAGUCGAAAACGGGUGCAACAGCCGAACGGCUGAAGGAAGCCAGCAAAAUUAAUCGCGCACUAUCGUCGUUGGGUAACGUCAUUUCGGCACUGGCCGAAAAAUCUCCGCACGUUCCUUACCGUGACUCGAAGCUGACACGUUUGCUGCAGGAUUCGCUGGGCGGCAAUUCAAAAACCAUCAUGAUCGCCAACAUUGGUCCCUCCGAGUUCAAUUACAAUGAAACGCUUACCACGCUCCGGUACGCACAUCGAGCGAAGACGAUCGAAAACAAACCGGUGAAGAACGAGGAUCCACAGGACACGAAGUUGCGCGAGUAUCAGAACGAGAUAGCAGAACUACGGAAGCUCAUCAGCGAGCGGCAAAAGCGCGAGCGUACGGUCCAUCGGGAGAAGAAGGCUAAAAAGAAGGCUACACGCGUUAAGCGUGAACCGAGUCUUACGCAAUCGGAUGAAAAAUCCGACUCCGAGGUGGAAGAGGAGGAAGACUGCGAGAAGGAAAACGAGCAGGACUUUAAUGAGCUGGACACGAAAGCCAAAGAAGAGUUGAUGAAGGAGCGCGAAGCAACGGCUACGUUAGCCGCAAAGCUGCAGGAGCUGGAGGGUCAGCUAGUCAAGGGUGGCAAAAACAUACUCGACACGUACACCGAGCGACAGUUCGAGCUGGAAAAGAAGCUGUCAGAGAUUGCCGAACGGAAGAAGCGUGAAAUCGAGAUGCAACAGCAGCUGGAAUUGCAGGAAGAGUCAACGAUGGAAAUCCGCGAAACGUUCACCUCGCUGCAGCAGGAGGUCGAGCUGAAGACGCGCAAGCUAAAGAAAUGUUACGCCAAGUGCAUGGCGCUGAAGCAAGAGCUGCAGGACACACGCGACGAGCAUAAUCGAGAUCGGCGCGAGCUGGAAAUGACGCAAAAUGAACUGAUCAAGGAGCUGAAGCGAUUGCUGCUCAUCAUUGAUAACUUUGUACCGGCGGAGGUAAAAUCACGUCUCUACACCCAGGCCAAGUACGACGAUGAGGCGGAGGAAUGGUUCCUAAAUGGUAGUAUGAUGCUGAACAACCACCAUAUGUUGACACGGCCCGUUGCCGAUCCGAGCCGUAGGCGACCGAUGAGUGAGUACGCGUUGCAAAUGAUUAAAAGCAAGUCCAGCGAUGCCGUCCGCUACAAGGGCGAAAACAUACUUGACUAUGAGCUGGAUAUGCCGCUCAGAACGACGUACGAAUAUUCGAAUCCGAAAGUGUCGGCCUCGCUACAAGCCGUCCUGGCCGAAGCGAUGCAAACCGAGGACGAUAUCGACAUUACCGAUCAGUCCAACUAUGCUAGCAUGAUGAAAAUGCGCCUCGAUCAGAUAACCAAGCGAAACGUGCAGCAGGACCACGCGGCAAACGCUUCAACGAGCAGUGCCAUGAGCAGCAGUGCUACAAACGGUAUCAGUGGUGGUGCUGGUGGCCAAGCUGGUGUGACUGUUCCGAGUGCUGGUGCCACCGGUUUGAUGGGUGGUGUUGUUGCGGGUAGUGGUACCAGCCGAGCAAGGUCUUCGGUAUACAGUCGGGGUAAAUCGGCAGCACCUGCGUUCGGAGCACACUCGGCGGCACCGGUGAAGAAAGUGUCCUCAUCGGCCCUUAUGUCUAGCAGCCACGGGGGCACCGGUGGUGGUCCGGGGACUGGCAACAUGUUCCCGAAAGCGCGUGGACUCAUACCGAAGUAGAGUCUGCGCCCCGGUGAAACUGAAGUACUCAUCUAGAUGUCAUCAUCGUUAUCGUACCAUCUCAUCACGCAACAGUACGGGAGUCAUCGUUGUUUAAUCGCGCCCAUCUAACAAAUAUGAUUGAUGAUCUCGCUUCGCUGUGCUUAGUGCUUAAAGUGUGGCAUUGUGGUGUGUAU